AUGUCACGCUCUCAAUACAAAACAAUGAAGCAGAAUUUGCACUUGGCUGACAAUACGGCCAUUGAUAACAAUGAUAAAUUGUACAAAGUACGACCAUAUUUGAAUUUACUAAAUAAGAAAUUCCAACAAUUUGGUGUAUUUUCUCAUAAUUUAAGUAUUGAUGAACAAAUGAUUCCGUAUAGAGGGAAACAUUCAGCGAAAAUGUUUUUAAAAGGGAAACCGAUAAGAUUUGGCUAUGAAUCUUGGACUUUAGCCUCCUCAGAUGGCUAUGUAUUCAACUUUGACAUUUAUACAGGAAAAUCAACCACAGCAAACUCGUCAGAGUAUGAAAAAUUUGGCCUUGGAGGGAGUGUAGUUAUGAAUUUGCUCAAAGUGAUUGAAACUCCUAUAAAUCAUGACAUCUACUUCGAUAAUUUCUUCACUUCAUUUCCUCUUCUCUGUCAUCUUAAAUAUUUGGGUUUCAAUGCCACUGGAACUAUGAGAAAGAAUCGCAUCGACAACUGUCUUUCUGGAAUCAGUAAAGUGUAUUAA